AUGGAGAGCGACAAGGUCCACCCCAUGGUCGAGGACACUUCUCUGGACCCUUCGCGGAUUGCAACGGACAAGCAUUCUAUAAGCCACAAUGUAGAGAUGGUCGCCAAACCAGCGAAGGUCGAGAACAACGCGUGGAGCCGCAUCGGCCUCGUCAGCCUCUUAACCUUGGUCUUGGGGUUUAUCCUAGUGCUUGUACCACUGGUUCUUCUCGGACUUAUGUGGAAAGAGUCUAUGGUUGCCAUGUCCGGAGGAGAGCCGAGGGAGCUAUGGUUCCAGGUCGUGCACGCAAACUGGACGUCGAGGCUCGUCACUGUCUGUACGGCUGUUAUCCGGACGAUGAUAGCGAUGCAGGCCACCGUCGCGACUGCGAUGAUUGGCAGUGUGGUCUUGGAGAGAAUCGGGGUCCCAUUGUCGCAUGCACCGUUCUACUCGAUUGCCCGGGCGGCUUAUAUCUCGCCAAACAGCCUGCUCUUCACGACAGGACUGAGACCGAAGAAUUUCUCAGCAAUCCUCGUGCUGCUGCUUAUUGUCCUCGAGGUCCUCCUAACAUUUGCCUCGCAAUUUCUAUCUACGAUCCUCAUCUCGGACUUCAGGACCGGCGUCUACACAGACACCACCGGCACCUCUGACGUCCAUAUCUUAAGAAACAUCUACUUGACUGGCGUCCCACCCGACUGGACGAGCAUUCCGCCCGCCUCAAGCUGGACAUUUGCCGAGCGCUCCGAGUCCUUUACCAUUGGGUCAGACUACCACGAUACAGGACAUGUCUACCGCGCUAUGCUCCCGUUCGAGGACGAGACGCAACGAACGGACCUACGCAGCUUCAACGGCCCAGCCCCGGUGAUGGACCAGCGCAUGGUCUGCGUCAGCCCAACACUGUCCGGAUUGAGUCUCAACUCCAGCUUCUCGACGACCGAUAUCCGCCUAUCCGGCCAGAUGACCGUAGACAUCGACGACUACCCCAUGCUGCGGAGCCCAGACCAAGUUUCAUCAAUCGACUUCACCUGCGCCCUGCCCUAUCUAACAGUGAACUCGACAGAAUCAAACACAACAACCUGGGAAUCAACUCUCUGCACACCAGCCCUAAACCUCAACUGGAACGUCCAGCUCGAAGACCCCCUCGUCGAACCCACAUUCAACGACAGCACCGCCCAAACCCUCACAAUCCUAUACACGCACAACCCACGCGCCUCCUCAAUGCUCCUGAUCCUCGACAUCCUAGACAAAGACGCCAUCGCAUCAUCAAUCCUAGACACAGACUCCGACUCCGGCGACAACACAAACACCACAACCCUCCGCACCGACGGGCCCUGGUCCAUCAUCGGCGCAAACGGCAGCGAAGUCCUCCGCGUCUCAGCCUGCUACACAAACCUCAUCUCCAAGACGUUCAAUUUGUCCAUGAAGCGCUCGUGGGCCGGCACCGAGCCAAAACUCACCUGGGACCGCAACGCGCAGAUCUACGAUACGGCGUCGAGUGCACACCAGCUCGGCGCAUCGCGCGCACCAGAUAAUCUCGUGAACCGCGGCCUCCUCGCCCUCUCCCCGCCGUCAUCCUGGGAAGAAUACACAAUCGACUACGGGCCCGUCGAUCCAAACUACGAAGGGUUCAAUACCCACUGGUGGUUCGCGAAGUACCUCCUGGCAUACCUGUCGAAUCCUCAACCGGACACGACACCCGCCGCGGACCCGGGGGUAUUACUCUCAAGUUCAAACACAGGCCAGCUCUCGCCCAACGCGGAUUUCGCGCACGUCUCGCUCUUCCAAAAUACACUACGCGAAACAGGGAGUCCUGCACUCGCGACGCAGGCGCUUUUGGCUCGGGGCGCGGAGAUGCUGUACUAUAACCACCUGUUUAAGCUGUAUGCGACGGAGCCCGCGGAGACGGCGUUCGCGGGUACCGCGCUUGUUCCGGCGCGGUGGGUUGGGUUUGCGGUUGGUGUGGGGAUUGUAGGGGUGCAUUUUGUGGUGCUGGGGGUUGUGGUGUUGCUCUUUUUGAGGUGGACUAGGGAGUCGGUUUUGGGGCAGUACUGGCAGGCGGUUGCGCAUGUUGUUGAGGGGGACACCGCGGCGGUGAUUGAGAGGGUGUCAGCAAACAAUGCGACGGAUGGAGAGGUCAAGGGUUGGAGGAAGGAUCGGGAGGGAGCUGGAGGGGUGGGACUGGGUUUGGGAGAGCAGAGUAUUUUGAGGAGGAGGGGGGAAGGGAGCGUUGCUAUUGUUUCAGGAGCACCGCGAUAA